AUGGCUUCAGGUUGUCAAAGUUUCUUCUUUCUAUUACUCUUUUUUCAAUGCACAUGGUUUAUUAUACCAUCUGAAUUUUUUUCUCCUUUAACUGCAUUCGGCCAAUAUGCUGAACCCUCAUUCAUUGCUGCGAAACAAAAGAAUUCGAAGAUCGCACAAGAAUAUUCAGAGCAAAGGCUUCAAAUCAGCAUCAAUGGCUUACCGAAAUGUUCAUAUCAACAAAAUCAAUGUCGUCGGAUUGGUAUUAUUGGAGGAGGUGCCGCUGGUUUGUAUUGUGGCAUUCUUCUGGCCGAAGCAGGUCAUACAGUGACAAUUUUUGAGGCGACUGAUCGAGCUGGUGGUCGGAUUCUAACUUAUCGAGAUCCAAAAAAUCCAACGAAAUAUAUGGGUGAAUUUGGUGCAAUGCGUUUUCCUCUCAGUCGUCAUCCUUAUUUAAAUCAACUGAUUCGAGAACGAUACAAAUUGAAUAUUACUGAAUUUUCUAGUCCUGAUGACAAUGCAUAUACAUAUAUUAAUGGAAUUUUGACUAGAAACAAGCAAGCACGUGAAAAUCCAGAUAUAUUUCAAUUUAAUACCAGUGCCAGUGAACGAGGCAAGACUCCCAAUCGCUUGUUCUCAGAUGCUCUUCAGACUAUUCACCAAACAUUCUUUAACGGAGGUUGGUCAGCAGUUGUAAAGCAAUGGGAUUCAUACUCAAUGGAUUCAUAUUUGCAUCAUAUGAAUUUGUCACGUGCAGCUAUUGACUAUAUAGCCAUUUCUCGCGGUAGUGAGGGGUUUCUUUUUACAUCUAUUGUGGAAUCCGUGCGCAGUAUCAAUCUUCCCGCUAGUGAUGAUAAGUUGUAUCAAAUUCGGGACGGCAACGAUCAAUUAGUACGAUCAAUGGUUGAUGAUUGUCGAGCAAUACAGUCAAAUCGCUGUUCGAUUCUCUAUUCGACUCCUAUCAAUCAAGUACAAUUGUUAGCAUCGAAUGAGAUUCAAUUGAGAACGAACAAUGGUACGAAUCAAAUCUUUGAUACAGUAGUUGUAGCAACAUCACCAACUGUCGCUCAAUUGUUCGAGUUUGAACCUCGCAGAGAUUUUAUUCAGAAAUAUUUGGCUUUACGACAAGUACACUACAUUUGUUCGUCGAAAAUUCUUCUUUUCUUUAAUGUGUCGUGGUGGUAUGUUCAAGAACAUAUCAGUGGAGGUUCAUCAACCAGCGAUUUACCUAUUCGUUCUAUUUAUUAUCCAAAAACGACGAGUAAUCAAACAGAUGGUGGUACUCUUCUUGCUUCAUACACAUUAGGACCGAAUUCGAUAAUAUGGCAAUCUCUAUCUGACUCUGAUGCAAUCGAAUUAGUAUUACAACAAUUGAUACAAAUUCACAGAAAUUCAUCCAACAUGCGUAACUAUUUUCAAGGUGGAAAAGUGAAACAUUGGUGUCAAGAUCCUCAUGUACGUGGUGCUUUUGCUUAUUUAAUUCCAUUUCAAGAGACUGAACUUGUUGACAAGUUAGAAGCAUCGGUUUCGAAUGUCCAUUUUAUUGGCGAAUAUACCAGCUUUGUUCAUGGAUGGGUCGAGGGUGCCCUUUCAUCAGCAAUACGAGUUGCUGAAGCUAUUACGAUAGAAUCUGAAAUCACUGUACCCACAAAUGGAUUGCAAAAAAUCGAACAACUUUAUGAUUUAGAAAUAAAUGGAAGUAUUUACUAA